AUGUUCCACGAAUUAGCCGACAAGAUCGCAGCCAACACCUCAAAGCUCAACGAUUACCUGGUGGCCAACGGCCUGCCUACGCCGUCAUUUGACGUUGAUGGACCUUCGGACACUUUGGUCCCGAAGAACGAAUUCGACAUCAAAGCAGCCCGUGUUGCGAUCAUCGACAAUACCCAGGAGCUGCGACGCCUUGUCCUUGGGCCUCGAGAGUACCUCAUGAGCUACACGCACGAUGAGCUGAUUAGUCAACAAGCAAUCACUCGCUUCGGCCUCGCUCAUGCGUUCACUGUCGGGAGCGAGGCUUCCUUCUCGGACAUCGCUGCGGCAACUGGGCUCAAUGAGACCAAUGUGCAACAAUUCAUUCGCCACGCCAUCAUGAAGGACAUCUUGGUCGAGCCACGUCCUGGCGUUGUCGCUCACAAUGCAGUAUCGCGCUUGCCCAUCGAAGAUCAAGUCAUACACGACUGGGUUGGCGCGAGUACAGAUGAUCUGUGGCAAGCUGCUUCUCAGACAUGCAACGCCCUGGAGAAAUUUCCAGGCUCGCAGGAAAGCAAUGAAACGGGCUUUGCACUCGCAAACCAGACCGAUAAGAAUGUAUUCGAAGUCUUUUCCCAGUUUCCAAGCCGCGCACGCAGAUUUGGGAAUGCCAUGCGCUCCUUCACCGAGGGCACCGGUUUCGAGCUGAGCCAUGUUGUGGAGAAUUUUCCCUGGGGAGAGCUCAAGGACGGAAUGGUCGUGGACGUUGGUGGCUCGCAGGGGUUUGCUUGCGUGGCCAUUGCCCACAAGUUUCCCUCCCUGUCGUUUGUGGUCCAAGAUCUGGAGGCCGUCAUUGAGGGUGCCGAGAAACAAGUCCCACCCGAACUGGCUCCUCGCAUCAAAUACAUGGUACACGAUUUUCUCACUGAGCAACCCAUCAAAGGGGCUGACGUCUACUUCUUUCGAUGGAUCUUGCACAAUUGGUCAGACAAAUACUGUAUCAAGAUCUUGCAGAGCCUCGUUCCUGCGCUCAAACCAGGGGCCAAGAUCGUACUGAACGAUAAUAUCCCGCCUGAGCCAGGGGUCUUGUCUAAGUGGCAGGAAGAUCGCCUUCGUACAAUGGAUCUCACGAUGACCGAGAUUCAAAACUGA